UCAUAAUCCAUACACACCCUGACCCAAUGAAGAUCAUUCGAGGUUGUUUCUCUUCUCCUCUUCCUCCUCCUCAAAUACCCUCCAUUUCCAUACUCAUCAUUCUUGCAGCUUCCACCUUUUUUUUUUUUUUUAUCUAUACUCCGAACAAAAACCUAAAAAAAUAAACAUUGCUCCUAUAUACAACAUACCCUUUAUCUAUCUCUUAAAACAAACAUUGCUGCUAUAUAUUGAAAAAAAAAAAAACCCUUUAUCUAUCUAUCUAUUCUAUCAAUCUUCAAUGGUUGGUUUUGCAAGAAUGGGUUGGCUCAGUACAACAGACAACAAUAAGAGCUCAAAAAUAUCAGAUGAGGCCAAUAAAAUGGGAAUCUUAGCAUUCGAGACUGCGAAAAUCAUGUCAAGAUUGCUUUGUUUAUACAAAUCUUUAUCCGAUUCUGAGAUUUCAAAGCUCAAAACAGAGAUGAAGUCUCGUGGUGUGGCUUAUUUGAAUUCGAAAGACGAAGGAUUUUUAUUAAGCCUUGCUUGUGCUGAGAGGCUUGAAGAUCUUGAUAAAGCUGCUGCAGCCGUAGCGCGAUUAGGCCAUAAAUGCAAUGAUUUUGGCCUAAAUCGCUUUGAUCUUGUAUAUACGGAUCUGAAGUUAGGGAUAAUAGAUUUUGGAAAACUCGAAUACGGGUCGAAAGAGAUUGAAAAAAGAGUUGACAAAAUGGAGAAACUGAUCAAUGCAACGUCAGGAUUAUACGCGGCGUUGGAGAAUCUAACAGAAUUGGAGAUAUCGGAACGGAAGAUGAAACAAUGGAAGGAAAGAAAGGCAUCAGGGCAAUUGCAAAAAGUUAAUUUAGACAUGUUUAAUCAGAGACUUGAACAACAAAGGAAACAAGUUCGACAAUUCAGGGAGAUUUCUUUGUGGAGUCAAACGUUUGAUAAAAGUGUUGGUCACAUGGCACGUAUUGUUUGUAUAAUAUAUGCUCGAAUUUGCCUUGUUUUCGGGCCUUAUAUACCUGUUCUUCCAUUUCUUUCAUUGCGGAACAUGCGUUCUUCUCAACAGAAAGAGAUUCUCAAAGUCCAACCUGAGAAUUGUCUGAUUGAACCUAUAAGGGAACAAAUUAUUUCGCGGUCCGGGCCUAUCCCCACGACGUCGAAGCCUACAUUGGUUCGAUUUUAUAGUCGAAAAUCGAUAUUUUUCCUAUGUGAAGACGAAGGUUUUGGGUCGGAAAAGUUGGCAAAAAACAACAGGGUGUUUCAUGCAGCGGGGCCUUCGACUGUUGGAGGUUCAGGGCUCGCGUUACGUUAUGCUAAUGUGAUCACAUUAGUAGAGAAAUAUUCGAAUCCAUCUGAAGCUGUAGACGUUAAUUCACGAGAAAAUUUGUACCAAAUGUUGCCUGGGAAUUUGAAGAGAACUGUGAGGGCAAAAUUGAGCAGGAAUUUGAAGUGUAUGGAUGAGGACGAGUCGUUGGCUGAAGGGUGGAGGGAUGCUUUGAAGCAUAUAAUGGAAUGGUUAGCGCCAAUGGCUCAUAACACUAUAAAUUGGCAACUCGCAAGGAAUUUGGAGAAGACAAAGUUCGAUAUCAAGCCUUCUGUUUUGUUGCUGCAGACGCUGCAUUAUUCGGAUAAAGAGAAGACGGAAGCUGCCAUUGCUGAUAUUUUAGUCGGUUUGAGUUGCAUUUGCAAGUGUGAGAAUCGACAAUGGAGUGAAUCGUGAUUCGUGGUUCUUGGAAAAACUGGUGAUUUUUUGAAUCAUAUAGUUAGACCAUGUUACAUAUUAGCUAGGAUUCAUUGGGUUGUGGAAGAGAAAUUAUAUUUUUUAUACAAAUACUAUUUCUUGAUUUAGUUUUUCCAAUUUUCCUAAUUCUUUUUAGCAGGAUACUACAACAGUUUCAUGCUGAGUAUGUCUUUAACUGAUCUCUUUAUUUGCCCAGAUUUUGAUGUUUGAAUAAUUCCCUUUUGCUUUUGUGUAAAUAUGAAUUAAUUCAUGAGAAAGAAAUCAACAUAUUCCAAAUUUUGCUGCA